AUGAGCGUCGAAAACAUCUGGCCUAAUAAGGUUGACUAUUCCAUCAUCAUCCCGCAGAAGGCUGUCGUCUUCGGGGCCUCCGUCCCCCUUCAGAUGCGCUUCACACCGCUGUUGAAGGGUCUGGAGCUGGGUGAGAUCACGGUCAAGAUGCUGGAGAUCCGCGAAUGCACACUGCAGGGACCUACUGGCAACAUUUUCAAGGAGCAUAGGACAGAGAGAGAAGUUUCCAACUGGAAGUUCGAGGUCGACAGAGACGAGCAUUGGCACGACACUAUCGAGGACACUGGCCAGGAGGGUUGGUUGGUGGAGAAGAAGCUCAACCUACCGAAGAGACUGCGACAGUGUGUUCAGGACCUAAACCACAACGGAAUCAAGGUGCGACACAAGUUGAAGCUUGUUGUUGCCCUGAAGAACCCAGAUGGACAUAUUUCAGAGCUGCGAGCCACCCUCCCCGUCUCCAUCUUCAUCUCCCCAAACAUGCCUCUCGACGAACAUGGAGUUCUUGUCGACCAGGCUCCCGGCUCCUCAACAGCUUCUCAAGCUGAAGUUACUCGAAUCGCGCCCCCGGGCUAUGGCGAACACGUUCUCGACCAGUUGUACGAAGACGUCGAUAUGAGCGGCUUCCAGACUCCCGGAUUCCAAACACCCGGCAUCCAGUCAGGCUUCAGCAGUCCCUUUUAUGCUCAGUCUCGUGCUGGCUCCUCGGAAAAUCUGGCCUCUCUUGCAAUGAUGAACGGGCAUGGUGUUGCACCCGCCGCACUGUCAUCUCGCCUCCAGAACGUCUCUUUGGACCCGUCUCAACGCAACACGUCUUUCAACUCACUUAACGCCAUUACUGAGGAUGUAGCUGCUCCCACAUCAGCACCUACUGGCCACAGCUCGCAGACACACUCUGCUGCACUGACUCGCCACAACAGCGCCGAGGACCACCCCAAUUCUCACUCGUCAGGCCGCAACUCGCCCGAGCACCUCGAUUUCCCUGAUAUGGCUACCUUGAGCAAGGUGCCUAGUUACACCACAGCCCUUAAGACUCCUGCUCGGGUUAGGGGUCAAGCUGGCGAGGCACUUCCAGAUUACUUCUCCGCCAUGAGUGCUCCCAACACGCCUCCUGCUACCGAUGCCCCCCUUGCGGACCCUCUGAGCAUGAUUCCAGAGCACCAGGGUGGUGCCGGUAGCGAACCAACUACCCCAGGAGGCUCGCACCGUUCAUGGCAUCGCCCUGCGAGCAUGACCACCCUGCUUCACGCGGCUCAGGGUGGUGAAGACCGCAGAUUGCAUCUCUUCCAAGGACGAGAAAGGGUCUACUGA